GUGAGAAGAACACAGAAUUUAAUGGUGAAGUUUGUAUGUGAAGAAAUUCAAAUUCCUCAGAACAUCAGUCACUGACAUUGUGAAAACAAUCUUGAAAAUAUUCUUGAAAAUGCACGAGUGUGUUUGAAAGAAGCCUUAAGAGCAUAUGCAGGAAGCAGACAUAUGAAAUGGCUGAGAAUACAAUUCAUGUGGUGAUGAUUCCAUGGUCUGCCUUUGGCCACUUGAUCCCAUUUUUCCAACUUUCCAUAGCCUUGGCCAAAUCUGGUGUUCAUGUCUCCUUCAUAUCAACGCCCAAAAACAUUAAAAGGCUUCCUAAAGUUCCUUCAACUUUAGCCCAUUUGAUUGAUCUGGUGCAACUUCCUUUGCCAUCACUAGAUAAAGAGCUCUUGCCAGAAGGUGCUGAGGCCACUGUGGACAUUCCAUUUGAAAAAAUUCAAUACUUGAAGUUGGCAUAUGAUAAUCUGCAACAUGCUGUGAAGCAAUUUGUGGGCAAUCAGUUACCAGAUUGGAUAAUUUGUGACUUUUGUCAGCACUGGAUCACAGACAUUGCUCAAGAGCUUCAGGUGAAGUUAAUCUACUUUUCUGUUUACUCGGCUUCUACAAUGGCAUUCUUGGGACCACCAGGCACAAGAAAAGCUCCCGUAUCUCCAGAAAGUUUAACAGUACCACCACAAUGGCUGACAUUUCCCUCAUCAGUGGCUCUUCAAAGACAAGAGGCAAGUGCUUUUUGUGCUAAUCACUACGAGGAAAAUGCUUCAGGGAUAGGGGACUUAGAAAGGUUUGCAAAAGUAUUCAGUGCCUCCAAAGCUAUAAUAUUUCGUAGUUGCUACGAGAUUGAAGGAGAAUAUUUGAAUGCAUUACAGAAAUUAGCUGGGAAGCCUGUGAUUCCCAUAGGUUUAUUACCUGUAGAGAGAGGAAAUGUUGAAGGGGUUAGGGGUGAGACAUUUGAGUGGCUUGAUAGACAAGCAUGCAGAUCAGUUUUAUUUGUAGGGUUUGGCAGUGAGUGCAAGCUGAGCAAGGAUCAAGUUUUUGAGAUAGCUUAUGGAGUUGAGGAGUCUGAAUUGCCAUUUUUAUGGGCACUCAGAAAACCAAGUUGGGCAAACAAUGAUGAAGAUUCUUUACCUUUUGGUUUCAUUGAAAGGACAUCUGAGAGAGGAAUUGUUUGCAUGGGAUGGAUACCACAACAGGAAAUAUUGGCACAUCCGUGUAUUGGGGGAUCUUUGUUUCACUCUGGCUGGGGUUCUGCCAUUGAAACCUUGCAGUUUGGUCAUACACUAGUUUUGUUACCCUUCAUUGCAGAUCAACCUCUUAAUGCAAGGUUUUUGGUUGAAAAGGGUCUAGCCAUUGAAGUUAAACGAAAUGCAGAUGGGUCAUUCAGUAGAAAUGACAUUGCCACAUCUAUUAAACAAGCUAUGGUAUUGGAGGAAGGGAAGAAUAUCAGAGCUAAUACAGGAGAAGCUGCUACAAUUGUAGGAAACAGGAAGCUGCACCAAGAUCAUUACAUAGCUGCAUUUGUUCAGUUUCUUAAGAAAUGAAUCCAGAAGAAAAUAUGAAGUUGAAGAGAAUCAUUAAGGCUUUUUGAGUUUAGGGCUUAACAGUUUGUUAAUCCUAUUCUUUAGAGCAGUGUCACAUAGGCUUAGCAUUUUUCUUAUCUAUUGAUUUAAUUUUUGUUUUCUAUCUAAGGCUACUUAUAAAAGCAAAAAACUUGUAUUCUGAAUUCAGCAAACACUCUCUAUUGUUGUAGUUUUUUAAUAUUCCAAAAGUCCAAUUCCACAUGCCAUAGUGCACUCUUUUU